GUGAUUUUAGUUUCGAGAACCCCUCUAUCUAUAACCGGGCUACGCAAGCGCCGCGAGAUCUUCUGGUUAGAGUAUCCAUUUUGAUCACAUAAACUCACGACAUAAUUAAAAAUGGGAGAUAUCGAGGAUACUCACUUCGAGACUGGAGACUCCGGUGCUUCAGUAACUUUCCCGAUGCAAUGUUCAGCAUUGCGUAAAAACGGGUUUGUUAUGUUAAAGGCUCGUCCUUGUAAAAUUGUUGAAAUGUCUACUUCCAAGACUGGUAAACACGGUCACGCCAAGGUUCACCUUGUUGGAAUUGACAUAUUCUCCGGCAAGAAGUACGAAGAUAUCUGUCCCUCAACACACAACAUGGAUGUUCCACAUGUCAAGCGAGAAGACUAUCAGCUAACAGACAUCUCAGACGAUGGAUAUUUGACUUUAAUGGCUGAUAACGGUGAUCUUCGUGAAGAUCUCAAGAUUCCUGACGGUGACUUGGGAACUCAAUUACGUAGUGACUUCGAUGCAGGAAAAGAAUUACUGUGCACCGUAUUGAAAGCUUGUAACGAAGAAGUGGUAAUUGCGGUCAAAGCCAACACUGCUCUCGACAAAUAAUUGUGUUCAGUUCCACCAGCACACAACUUUACCACCCAUUUAGCUAAUCGUCAUCUAAAUAAUUAUUGGUAAUAGAAAACCAAUAAAUUAUCAACCAUCAGUAUCUCAAACUGGAAAGAAGAAUCAAUAAUUAUAAUAAUAAUAAUAAUAAUAAUAAUAAACAAUUUUCUAUCUAAACAACACCUUGAUAAUUACUUACCAAGAGAUCAAAUGCUAAUUGGGUACUAUAUCGAAGAAAAAAAAAAUAACAUACUAAAAGUUUUCAAUGUAUAAAAAACAUCAUAUUAUAUCAACGUAAGAUUGUUUACGAUUGAUACAAGGGGAGAAAGACAUAUUACGAAAUACACACAUACACACAUGUUGUUCGUUAUAUAAAAAGAUAAGACGAUAAGCUUUUCAUUCGAGGGUUGAUUAAAAAGUAUGUAAUAAAAUUUGGAAAAGCCUUCACACUUCCUUCAUUUUUUUUUACUCUUUCAAACAUUUACUCAUUUAUUAAAACACAAAUAAUAAUACUUUAUAAAUAAUAACAUCAUCACAGUAAUCAUUUUUUGUAGUUUAAGGUAACAUGUUUAUUAAAGUGCAUGAGUCACUUAUGCCAAGCGAAAUCGAAUAAUUAUAACUAGAAAAAUAAUUAAAAAAUAGACUGCUGUCAGGAACAAUUUUUCAUGCGAAAAAUAAGCAAUCACAAAAAAUUUAAUUUAUCUCAGGUUGGCUUAAAUACGGGAUUAAUUGUCAAUGAUAUAAUAAAUAAAUGGAAAAAAAUAGUACGAAGCUUUUUUGACUUCCAGUCAUCGAGCCAGUAAUAUUAAAACUU